AUGAACAUCAGCCCCACCCUUGAGGAUCUCCAGACCGACGAACAGCGUCGUGUCCUUGAUACGGUCUCUCAGGUCAGGAACAACGACAACCUAUGCACGCGCUUCGCAACCGAGAUCUGCCUCCGACGUGAUCCAAUCGACAGCCUUACAAUCCGGGUUAUUCCUGACGGCGACCGCCCGCAGAAUGAGCAACAGAAGAUCAAGAACUACUCUGAGUCGAUUGCCAAUUUCGAAGACCUUCCGAAGAUGAUGGACAACGCCAUGAAAGUGAUGGGAAUUUCUGAGGGAGGCAAUGCGUUCGCCAAGGAUACCCUGAGCAUUGAAAUCUGUGGCCCGAACCGACCUCAACUCACCCUUGUGGACAUACCCGGCCUUAUCCAGUCGUCUACAAAGGGUGUUUCCGAAAGCGACGUGGCACUAGUUGCAGAGAUCACAGAACAUUACAUCAAGCAGCCAAGGACUAUUUGCCUUGCUGUCAUCGCGGCUACAAACGAUGCUGCAAAUCAGCCCAUCCUUCAGAGAGUUCGGAAGUUUGAUCCAAAUGGUGAUCGCACCUUGGGUGUGAUCACAAAGCCUGACAAGCUGAGCGCCGGAUCAGGCUCGGAGUCCAAGUUUCUUGAGCUUGCUCGAAACGAGGACGUCUUUCUAAAGUUGGGAUGGCACGUCGUCAAAAACCGAAAGUUUGAGGAGAAAGACUUCUCAAUUGAGGAGCGUAAAUCCUCUGAGACAUUCUUCUUCAGCACGUCCAACUUCAAGGCAUUGCCGAAGGACAAUGUUGGAAUUGACGCCUUGCGACUGCGUCUCAGCUAUCUUCUCUUCGAACAUGUCAAGCAGGAGCUGCCUCGCCUGCAAACCGACCUCGAGCGCGCAUUGCAGAUGGCCCAAGCCGAGCUGAAGACUCUUGGGAGCUCCCGAGCGACCCCCAUGGAGUGCCGAGCUUUCCUGACGCAGCUCAGCAUGGAGUGUUACGAUAUCUGUCGUUCAACCUUGGACGGCAACUACGAGAACCCUUUCUUCAAGCCAGGUACCAAUAGUACCGAGUCCAAUGGGACUGGAAAUUCUGAUCAACCCAAGAAGGCCCCAGUACUGGCCCCAGUACGACGCCUACGCGCAGCGGUACAGCUCCUCAAUUGCGAUUUCGCCAACGCUAUCGAUACUAUAGGUCACAAAUAUGUAUUCGGAACUCAGACGUCCACUCCCUCGACUCCGAAGCUCCUCCCUCCAAAGGAGGCGAAAUCCUGGGCUAAACAGAAGCUUCGACUUGCACGUGGCACCGAAUUGAUCGGAAACUUCAAUCCGCAGGUGAUUGGAGAGAUGUUUUGGGAGCAAUCGGAACCCUGGGAAGCCUUGGCCAAACUUCAUGUUGAGAGCAUCAGCAAGCUUUGCACCAGGUUCCUCUGCAUUCUUUUGGACUCUCGUACCACACAUGAGUUGAAGGACAGAAUCUGGUAA